CUGCAGUGUAUUAAUACUGGCGCUUUUGUCAGAGAUUCCAAGUGUCAAGGAUUACACGACCUGAGACUAGUGACUUUUCUGAUUCUAGUACUGAAAAGCCGAUUUAAAGACGAUGCCGCAUUGCAAAGCUUGGAUAUGUCUGACGUGGCUGGUUUAUCUUUUCUUGCUGGAAACAAAAUUUACCACCGCCCCACCUUCGUCGUCAGAUGACAGCCAGUGUCCGUAUGGAUCGUUUAUGAACGGCACCUAUGGUUGUGUGAAUUGCGCCUGCUACCGCCGGGGAACGACAGAUCCGUACGGAUCGUCAACACAGACGUGCGAUGCAAAUACUGGACAAUGUCAAUGUGGCCGAAAUAUUAUUGAACGGACGUGCGACCGAUGCAACCCGGGGUCAUACGACUUAAGUGCUGGCUAUUGUUUGGAUUGUUGGUGCGCUCUUGAAGGUUCCAGCAGCACGGUCUGCAAUGAGGUGACUGGCCAGUGCAAAUGCAAAAACGAUAACAUUGGCGGUCGAGGCUGCGAGCGAUGUCGUGUUGGCUUUUGUAACUAUCCCGUGUGCGAACCGUGUGAAAAUAUCAUCGGCCCGGCGAUCGCCAAGAUUCCCACCACCAUCGUGAACGCGACAUUGGACAUUCUUCGCGCUUUCUCGUUCUACAUUAGGCCGUACUGAGUCUACUGACUAAACACAAAAAUGCGAAUAUGUCUGCUUCCAAAUUCGUUUACCGUUUAGUACGAAAUGUACUUCAUAGAUCUUGCGUCAUUUUGGCUAAUCAUUAUUUUUGCAAGAAUUCAAGUACAGCUGUUGCAUUAAAGUAU